AAAUGGACAAAAUUUCGAACAUCUAUAAUUUUGACGAUCCACCACCGGAUAAACUCAGCUUGGAACUAUUCAUAAUCGAGAAGAAAAUCGGAAAAGGACAGUUCAGUGAAGUUUUCCGUGCUCAAUGUACAUGGGUAGAUUUACAUGUGGCACUCAAAAAGAUUCAGGUAUUUGAAAUGGUGGACCAAAAAGCGCGGCAAGACUGUCUGAAGGAGAUUGAUCUGUUAAAACAACUUAAUCAUGUUAAUGUGAUCAGAUACUACGCAUCUUUUAUUGAUAAUAAUCAAUUAAAUAUUGUUCUCGAAUUAGCAGAAGCUGGAGAUAUGAGUCGAAUGAUUAAGCAUUUCAAAAAAGGUGGUCGUUUGAUUCCUGAAAAGACAAUCUGGAAAUAUUUUGUUCAAUUAGCGAGAGCCUUAGCCCACAUGCAUUCCAAACGUAUAAUGCAUAGAGAUAUCAAACCCGCCAAUGUUUUCAUAACGGGAAACGGAAUCGUAAAGUUGGGUGAUUUGGGGCUAGGCCGAUUCUUUUCCUCGAAAACAACUGCUGCUCAUUCACUCGUGGGAACUCCUUAUUACAUGUCACCUGAAAGAAUUCAAGAAUCCGGGUAUAAUUUCAAAUCCGAUUUAUGGUCGACUGGAUGUCUGUUAUACGAAAUGGCAGCUCUUCAGUCACCAUUCUACGGUGACAAGAUGAACCUGUACUCACUUUGCAAGAAAAUCGAAAACUGCGAAUAUCCACCUCUGCCUGCUGAUAUUUAUUCAACGCAACUCCGCGACUUGGUAUCCCGUUGUAUACUUCCAGAAGCUUCAAAACGACCAGAGACCAGUGAAGUUCUACAGGUUGCCGAACACAUGAACAAUUACUUCUCGCCUUCCGGGGACCAAUCAACAACUCCUUCAACGCAAUUCUAAAAAAAGCUAUAACAUUUCAAUUUCAAACAUUUUCUUUAAAACGUAGUGUUCUUGUAUUUUCAAAAGGUGGAAACAUUCGUCAAUGACCACGUGAAUCCGUGAUGUGCUAAAUUUUACUCUCAUACUGUCUCUUAAUUCAUGUAGAUUAUAAAUGUUUUAUUUU